AUGCGUAGCACGUUGAUCUUCGCGGGCAGCUCUUGCCCAGCGCUCACAGGUCAGAUUUGCGAGAACCUGGGCAUGCAGCCCGCCGAGGCGGAGCUCACCCAAUUUUCCAAUGGCGAGACCAGGGUACGCAUCCUCACCAGCGUGCGAGAGAAGGACGUCUUUAUCGUUCAGUCUGGCAGUCCCAAGGUCAACGAUACGAUCAUGGAGCUGCUCAUCAUGAUCUCUGCAUGCAAGGGCGGCUCGGCAAACAAGGUCACAGCUGUUCUUCCCUACUUCCCUUACAGUCGCCAGUCCAAGAAGAAGUCCCACCGCGGUGCCAUCACAGCGCGCAUGCUCGCCAAUCUGUUGACCAUGGCUGGUAUCAAGCAUGUCAUCACCGUCGAUCUGCACGCAACUCAGAUGCAGGGCUUCUUCAAGUGCCCCGUCGACAAUCUGCAUGCCGAGCCCCUCAUUGCUCGCUGGAUCCGUCACAACGUCGCCAAUUGGAAGGAGGCUGUUGUCGUGUCGAAGAACGCCGGUGGAACGAAGCGAGUGACAUCGCUCGCUGACGCCUUGAAGCUCAAUUUCGGCAUGGUCACGACCGAGAAGAAGAAGCACCGGGGCGCCAACAUGUCGGCUAGUGUCAUCAUGGGUCACCUCCACAGCUUCAACCGCGAGCCUGUGCUCGAGUCUUCUGCGACAAGUAAACCUGCCGAGGCCAAGACUGAGGCUCUUGAGGAGCCAGCUGCGUCCGAACCUCAAAACGUCAGACGAAACCGAGUCCGCGCAAACACACAGGGCUCCCCGCAGCGCUCGAACGGCCCGCCGCUCCGCACCGCGGACGUCAACCGCGUGGUUCGUCCCACCACGCCGACGAAGAACUCGUCUGGUCAGCAGCAGGACGAAGACGAGAGCGAUGCGCAGUACGAUGACGGCCCAGCAUAUGAAGUGACGCAGGGUCGCCUCGUCCAGGGUCAUAUUGUUGAUGACGACUAUCCGUCGCCCGCAACGUCGACCGCUGGUGGCAGCUCCCGCGAGGAGCCCGAUCCCAUGACAUGUCGCAUGCCUCGUCCUUCUUCGCCCAUCCUCCAACCACGGCGAGCCCGCGCCUCAUGCGCUGGGCGGUUCCGGCGACGCCGAGGCCGAAUCGGACGAGGAGGAAGCACUCUCAAGGACCCAAGUCGAGCAAUGAUCCACUGGUCGGGACGUGGAACCGCACCGCCUUCAUCGUUGAUGACAUGA